UUUGGUUUGGUAGUCACUGUAAGCGAGGCUUAGCAGCUGUUCCAACGGCUCUAUUUGUCAGUGUGUCGCCUCCAAUACCUUCAACUUUCAGUUAGUCUCCCGCCAUACGUUUUUCAUUUUCAGCACCCAGAUUUCUAUCUCAGUCAUAAAUGAUUAUGAAUCAGUUGUCAGAAUAUAUAUUCAUCAUUUCAAUUAUUUGAGUUAUAAGAUGUCGCUUCAGAAAAUGGGGUCUCCAAGCUCGUCUUUUACAUUAUUUCCUUCCGAUUUUUAUGUGUAUCAACUUCAAGCUAGCCUCAAAUCCAGAUACCCUUUUGCUGGAAAAUUAAUCCAUGCCCGAAUCAUUAAAGGUGGGCUUCAUAUGGGUGUCUUCUUGAUGAAUAAUCUCAUGAAUUUUUAUGCCAAAACUGGGUCUCUUUCUGAUGCUCACCACGUGCUUGAGGAAAUGCCUGUCAAGACUACAUUAUCUUGGAAUACGAUUCUUUCUGCCUAUGCGAAGCAGGGUAGAUUUGAUGUGGCUCUUAGAAUCUUUGAUGAAAUACCCGAGCAUGAUUCAGUUUCUUGGACUGCUAUGAUUGUGGGUUAUAAUCAAAUGGGUCGAUUUGAUAAUGCUAUCAGGAUGUUUGUAAGGAUGAUUUCAGAUAAUGUUCUGAUUACCCAGUUCACGGUUACUAACAUUCUUGCCUCGUGUGCUGCUAUUGAGGAUUUGAAUAUUGGUAGGAAGGUUCAUUCAUUUGUUGUUAAACAUGGGCUUAGUAGUUAUGUUUCUGUAGCAAAUUCCUUACUGAAUAUGUAUGCAAAAUCUGGGGAUCAAAAAACAGCUCUGGUUGUCUUUGACAGGAUGAGAUCGAAAGACAUAUCAAGCUGGAAUUCUAUGAUUUCUUCACAUAUGCAAUCCGGCCGGUUUGACCUUGCUCUUUCACUGUUUAAGACAAUGACAGAACGAAAUUUAGUUUCUUGGAAUGCCAUAAUUGCAGGAUACAAUCAGUGCGGGUUUGAUAUGGAAGCACUUGCUUUCUUCUCAAAUAUGAUGAAAGAAUCUCCUUUGAAACCAGAUAAGUUCACCUUGGCAAGCAUUUUGUCAGCUUGUGCAAAUCUUGGAAAGUUGGAACUUGGGAAGCAAAUCCACGCUCAAAUAAUAAGGAAUGAGUUUGAACUCUCCGUGGCUGUGGAAAAUGCUUUGAUCUCAAUGUAUGCUAAAUGUGGUGGCGUUGAAAUUGCAAAGAAGAUAUUGGAACAAAAUGGAACUUCAAGUGUCAAUGUUAUUGCUUUCACAUCUCUAUUGGAUGGAUACAUUAAGCUUGGGGAUAUAAAACCAGCUAGACUUAUAUUUGAUUCGUUGAUGUAUCAAGAUGUGGUUGCUUGGACAGCCAUGAUUGUGGGAUACACGCAGAAUAGUUUAAAUAAUGAAGCUUUAGAGCUCUUCAGGUUGAUGACAAGAGAGGGCCCCAAACCAAACAACUAUACUUUUGCAGCCAUUUUAAGUGUCAGUUCAAUUUUGGCAUCUUUGGAUCAUGGCAAACAAAUUCAUGCAAGCGCCAUAAGACUGGGGGAAGUUUCAUCUGUUUCUGUGAGUAAUGCUUUGAUCACCAUGUAUUCCAAAGGUGGAUCAAUCAGUGCUGCGAAGAAAGUAUUUAAUCUGAUGCACAGGAACAGAGAUACUGUGACUUGGACUUCCAUGAUUAUUUCUUUAGCUCAACACGGUCAUGGAGAAGAAGCCAUUGAACUUUUUGAGACAAUGAUUGGGCUUGGUAUUAAGCCUGAUCAUAUAACUUAUAUUGGCGUACUCUCUGCCUGUACACAUGUGGGAUUGGUUGAACAAGGCAGGAGCUACUAUAAUUUGAUGAAAAAUGAACACAAAAUUGAACCCACCCUCAGCCAUUAUGCAUGCUUGAUUGACCUGUUUGGCCGUGCUGGGUUGCUUCAAGAAGCAUUUCAGUUUAUAGAAAGUAUGCCAAUUGAACCAGAUGUCGUAGCUUGGGGCUCACUUUUAUCUUCUUGUAAGGUUCACAAGAAUGUUGAUCUGGCUAAAGUUGCAGCAGAAAGAUUGCUCCUUAUUGAGCCUGAAAAUAGUGGGGCCUACUCAGCUUUGGCUAAUUUAUAUUCUGCUUGUGGAAAAUGGGACGAUGCUGCAAGGAUUAGAAAGUCAAUGAAGGAUAGGGGAGUGAAGAAGGAACAAGGAUUUAGUUGGGUUCAAAUUCGAAACAUAGUCCAUGUAUUUGGCGUAGAAGAUGGCAUCCAUCCACAGAAAGAUGCUAUCUACAGGGUGAUUGAAAAAAUCUGGAAAGAGAUAAAAAAGUUGGGCUUUAUUCCAGACACUCAAUCAGUAUUACAUGACCUUGAAGAAGAGGUAAAAGAACAAAUUCUUAGACAUCACAGUGAGAAACUAGCCAUUGCAUUUGGACUGAUAAGUACCCCAGAGAACACCACUCUAAGGAUCAUGAAGAAUCUCAGAGUUUGUAAUGACUGCCAUACUGCCAUUAAAUUUAUAUCCAAGCUUGUGGGCAGAGAAAUUAUUGUAAGAGAUGCUACUCGUUUUCAUCAUUUCAAUAAUGGUUCGUGUUCUUGUCGAGAUUAUUGGUAGUCAAGAAGAAUUAGACACUGCAAAAUAAUGCCGUUGUCAAGUUUCCUAAACUUCAUCCAUUGAAUAUUUUCAUUCUCAUCAAAAAGUUUCAUACAUGGCCACAAGACCUGGUGAGUCCAGUAUGGUGUACAAUAUUUUAGCAGAACACUUUUUAACUUAGAAUCA